AUGAGGUUGUACACACUUUUUGCGGUUUUCAUUUACUGGGUCAAAUAUGGAAAAUGUCGAGACGAAGACAAAAUUAGCAAAGGGUGUUAUUGGCCAAACGAAGUCUACGAGCCCUGCUUUGGUGGGUGUGCAGAGGUUUCAUGCGACAACCCUCGAAACCACCUGCGCCCUUGUUAUCCGUAUUGCGAACCUGGAUGUGUGUGUGCCGAGCCGUACGUACGAGACGAUCGUACCCACCAAUGUGUGCUCCCUCAGGACUGUUCGCCGACACAAAUGGGUAUACCAGUACCCACAAAAAGAAUAGCAAAACCACCUGCUCCAAAAUAUGUAGCAGCUGCAAAAACGCCAAGAACUCAUGGAAAGCGAGAUGAAGCAUUAGAUAUGGAAGACAGUGCUUUGCCACCUAACAAUCACGUUGAAGAUUUCAAGAGAGCUUCAGAGGUGUCAAGGAUGGGCAAUUACUUCAAUAUUGUGAUCGCUCCUCCACCCAUCAAAGCAUUACAGCCGAGGAAAUUGCUUCACAAUGAUAAUUUUCGACCACCCAUUAAACAAAUCAACUGA